AACCAAAGCAAGUAAAACAUUCUUAAUAAACGUACAAAUAAUAAUUAUUAUAGUUAACUACGUUUUUAAUAUAGUUCACAUACAACUGGUUAAAAUCUAAUGAAAAAUUUUAAGUAGGUAAUAUUACAAUUGUUCCCUAAGCUAAAAGACUGUUGUAAUAAGAUACUUAUGGCCACAAUUAAGAACGUUGAGAAGAAGAAAUGUGCCUUCAUUAUAGCCUACAAUAUUGACUAUAGAAAUAAUGUGGUAUUAGUUUAAUGAUAUAAAUGUUUAAAAUGAGUGACGAUAGUGAUCACUUUGAAUUUGCUGACGAAGAAAUAGACGAUCAAUGUCACGAAAAACUGGUCGACAGUGUUUUAAAACUUAACAAAGCACAACAACUGAAAAAUCCUCAUCGAACAGAACCGACUACACAAAUUUCUGAAUUUAACUUAGUCAAAUCUCUUAGUUCAAAUAAGAAUGUCGUCCACGUAAAUGAACUAACCAAAGGCUUGAAAGGAAAAGCGUCUCAAGUUACACAAAAACUAAAAUCAACGACUGGAAAGAAUAAAACGUUACUUAAACCGAUCGAGAAGCUUCAAGCUGAACGCAUCAGAAGAACUUUGAAUUAUGAGAAGUCUAGAUUAGAAUUAGAUCGAUGGGAAGCUUUAGUAACAUCGAAUAGAGCUGCCCCUCAAUUAAUUUUUCCAUUAGGUAGCAUUGAGAAGGUGAAAAUUUUGGAAAAAAAAGCCGAAAUUUAUCCAUCAACUUUUAGAAUUAAAUCAGAUCUUCAGAAAAAAUUGGAAGCAUUGGAGCCACCAAUAGAGGAAUACAAAAUUGAUACAGAAGAAAAAGAUGAAUACCCAUUAACUCUUGAAGAACUUAAGGAGAAAAGGAAGGAAAGAGCGAAGCUCAGAGCUCAUCAAAGUUUCAAAGAAGCCAAAGCUAGACGACAAAAUAAAAUUAAAAGCAAAAAGUAUCAUAGAAUAUUAAGAAGAGAGAAGAUUAAACAAAAAUUGAAAGAAUUUGAAGAACUACAGAAAGUUAAUCCUGAAGAAGCAUUAAAGAAGUUGGAGGAUAUUGAAAAAGCAAGAGCAGAGGAGAGGUUCAGUUUAAGACAUAAGGGGGCUAGUCAGUGGGCCAGGAAUAAACAAGUUAGGGCUAAGUAUGACAAAGAAAGUCGACAAGAAUUAGCUAAACAGCUCGCUAUCAGUAGAGAACUAACUCAAAAAGUAAAAUCGGUUGAUAGUGGUUCAGAAGAUGAAGGUGUGGAAUCUGGAGAUGAUACUGAAUCACCUGAGAAUAAAAAUGAAGAAUCUAAUCCGUGGGUUAGUGGAAUAAAACCCACAAAAGAUGUAAUUGAUUUUGUAAGCGGAUAUAAAAAAUAUUGGAACCAACAAAACCAGAAAACUAUGCAGGAUGAAGAAAGUAUAACAGGAGACAAAUCAACUCUAGUAGCAGAAAAUGAUAAUGAUAACAAAAUCAAUGAUGGUGGUAUAGAGGAAAGCAAUAAAAAACGUCUAAGUAAAGUUAACAAAAAACAAACUAAAAGUAAAUUGAAUAAAAAAGAAGAUGGAUUAAAAGAAGAAAAAAAUAACUUUAAGAAAAAGUCAACAGGGACAAAGAAAAAAAAUGAUGUUGCUUCCGAUUGGCGUGUUAGUAAAUUAGAUCAAGAUUUAGAUGUCGAGGAUGUUUUCCAUAACUUGGAACAAAAGUUAAGCAAAAAAUUGAAAAGAAAACUGACAAAAAUCAAUAGGGCAAGCACUAAAAAGAACUUGAAAAAUAAAAAGCACCAAAAAGAUAAGGAAAUAGAUUUAUCUAUGCCUCAAAGAAAAAAAAAGCCAAUCAUAGAUGAAGAAUUGAUUGAACAAACUAAAGGUAUAGAUGAGAAUGAAGAUACCACUCCAGUAAUCAACUUAAAUAGUUCUAUGAGUAAUAAUAAUGAAGAAGAACCUGUGAAUAUAAACCCAGAUAAAUUCAUUAAUGUGACACAGACUGUUUUAAACACUGCCAUUCCAGACUUACUCACCACUGACGAAAAUGAAGAGUGCUUGGAUCAGAAAAACAUAAUAAUGGAAGCGUUCGAAGACGAUGAUAUCGCUGCAGACUUCAGUAAAGAAAAAACAGCUGAAAUUGAAAAGGAUACACCUAAAGACAUAGAUCUUAACCUUCCCGGUUGGGGUAGUUGGGCGGGAACAGGGAUCAAUCCGAAUAAACGAAAAAAGAAAAGAUUUAUUAUAAAGGCGCCUCCGAAAAUGCCCAGGAGAGAUGCCAACAAAGGAUCUCUGAUCAUUAAUGAAAAGGCUCAGUCCAAAGUUAAACCCUUAUUGGUUUCAGAAGUUCCUUUUCCAUUUAAAUCUGUAAAAGAUUAUGAAGCUAGUAUUAGAGCGCCGAUCGGUAGGACUUUUGUUCCUGAAACUGCUUUCAGAAAACUCAUUGAACCUUCUGUUGUUACUAAAAUGGGUACGAUUAUAGACCCUAUUAAUAAAUCCAUACUUAUGGGUGUUAAAAAAUUUUAAUUUCACUAUUAAAUAAUCAUGCACGUAA